CAAAUUUGUUUGUUCUUCUUAACAACGGUACUUUCACAUUUCUCUCUUUCCUUCCACCUCCAGUACCGGAGAAAAUGUCGAUCCUUCUCCCGCCAUCUUCUUCCAAUUUUCCCGCCAAUUUCAAAUCAAUUCCAUCCCCAAAAUCCACUCCUCAGCUAAUUUUACUUCAAUCUAACCAUUCCAUUUUCAUUUCCCGACGAAUUCCAUCCAUUUAUAGAUUCCGAUCCUCAAAAAACCCACCAAUUUCAGCUGUGAAUCAAGAUGUAGAUACAUUUACAAAGUAUUCUGGUUACAUAUUUGAUGAAAACAAUGAUAAUUCUGAAGCAGAGAUUAUAUUAGAGUAUAAUCCAUCGAAGAUUAGUUCAAUUUACAGAAAGAAACCAUUUUUACUUCUUCGUAGGCUUUUACAGGUUGGUAGUACUUUGGGGCGAUGGUUCCUACUUAGGUAUGUGGAUAAGGUAACACAACGGUCGGAUUCAAUGUUUAAGGUUAGAGCUGCUGAACUCCGAAAGAUACUAGUGGAACUUGGUCCCGCGUUUGUGAAAAUUGCUCAAGCCGUCUCAUCUAGAGCUGAUGUCAUACCACCUGAAUAUCUUGACGAGCUUUCACUGCUACAAGAUCGAAUAACGCCAUUUUCAUCUGAAGUAGCUUUUGGUACAAUGGAAAAGGAUCUUGGUUUACCCAUAGAAAGGCUAUUCUCAGCUAUAUCUCCAGAGCCUAUAGCUGCAGCAUCUCUAGGGCAGGUUUACAAGGCUAAGCUUCGCCAGAGCGGACAAGUUGUUGCUGUUAAAGUGCAGAGGCCUGGAGUUCAAGCAGCCAUAACGUUGGAUAUUUUCAUAUUGCGUUUUCUCGCUGGAUUGGUUAGAACAGUUGGCAAGUUCAACACUGAUCUUCCGGCCUUAGUAGAUGAAUGGGCAUCGAGUCUUUUCCGGGAGCUGGAUUACAGGGAAGAAGCAAAGAAUGGAGUAAAGUUUAGACAGCUAUAUGGAAGCCUAAAAGAUGUUUUUGUACCAAAUAUGUACGUGGAGCAAACUAGCCGCCGUGUCCUUGUUAUGGAAUGGGUUGAGGGAAGAAGAUUGUCCGAAGUGAAGGAUCUUUACCUGAUAGAGGUAGGAGUGUAUUGCUCACUUUCUCAACUUCUAGAAUAUGGGUUCUAUCAUGCAGAUCCUCACCCUGGAAACCUUCUACGAACAUAUGAUGGAAAGCUGGCUUAUUUGGAUUUCGGUAUGAUGGGUGAAUUUAGGCAAGAAUUACGAGAUGGAUUUAUUGAGGCCUGUCUCCAUCUCGUCAACCGUGAUUUCAAUGCGUUGGCUAAGGACUUCGUCACUCUCGGACUUCUUCCUGCAACUGCACAAAAGGAUGAGGUCACAAAAGCUUUAACAGGGGUCUUCGAGAAUGCUGUCAACAGAGGCGUCCGCAAUAUAAGUUUUGGAGAUCUUUCAGGAAAUCUGGGACGCACUAUGUACAAGUUUAAAUUUCAGAUACCUUCAUAUUUUUCUCUUGUCAUUCGAAGCCUUGCCGUGUUAGAGGGUAUUGCAGUAAGUUUCAAUCCAAAUUACAAAGUCUUGAGUAGUUCAUAUCCAUGGAUUGCAAGAAAAGUCCUCACCGACAGCUCACCGCAACUCAGGUCCUCUUUGCAAGCUCUUCUUUAUGAGGAUGGCGUGUUCAGGAUUGAUCGGUUAGAGUCUCUAUUAACUGAGUCUCUUCGCGCAAAAACAGAGAAUGCUUUGACUGGAGGAGGAGGGGAGGACACUGAUUCCAGGGUGGUGAUUAAGCAGGUCCUUUCCUUUACGCUGACUGAAAAGGGCGAAUUUGUGAGGGAAACACUUCUUCAGGAGCUGGCAAAGGGUCUGGAUUCACUUGGGUUAGCAGCCUUGCAGUCUGUUACAUCCGCUGCUGCGUCAAGGCUGCCAUUUGCCUCUCCAUUUUUAUCAAUCUCAUUGAGCAACGAAGAUAUUAUCAACUUGAGAAACUUGCGUCAACUCGUGCAGUUGUUAUCCGGAUUUCAAAAGAAUCAGAACCAAAGCACGGGAGCGGAAGAUGCCAGCACUUACAUGAAUCAGAGAACUUCCAGUGAGGAGGGAUUACUUGUUCUUAAUCAACUAGAAUCUGCUCAGGAACUUUUACCUAUCCUUUUUAUUCUUUUGGAGCUUCCUCAAGAGUCUCAACAGAGAAUGCUCCUUCUACCAGCUGAUUUGGCUGGGAGGUUGGCGUCCCGUUUCACUGCAAGAACGAUUCAAAGAUUCCUCGUCUAAAAAGCUUCUGCCCAAGAGCUCAUAUUCAUUCUGUCAACAAGUGCAAUGAAGUAUACAGUUGGUACCGUUUCGUAUCUCUGCGACUUGAUAACUUGAACGAGUUUAAGUACCUAAAACUUAUGGAUAUAUCAAAAGAGCUUGGAUUUUCUCCAAAAUUUUCCAUAUCUCUAUUUGGUCCUAAUUGUUGAAAACUAGGUUCAGAAGCCAGGAAGUCGAGGUAAAGUUGUGUACUAGCUUUUGUUGAUUGUUCUGCAUCUCAUCAGCAGAAGAUCUAUAAUUUUUAUACAUAUGGAUUUCUGAAAACUUAGCCGUUUGCGUUUGUAGCAAGGGAAAACAGAGCACUUAUCUCUA